AUGACCAAGACGGUGAUGAUGAUGAUGGCCCAACUAACGACGGCGACGGAGCAGAUCGACUUGACGGCGGAAGACAGUCGCUGUAUCUUAUUACUCGACUUUCGGAAGGCCUACGAUACUGUGGACCGAGAUUUCUUAUACGAGUCCAUGCGUCUAUUUGGUUUUACAGAAAGCUUUAUUGACCUCAUCUGUCGGAUCCACACGGGCACGACUGCAACUUUUGUCGUUAAUGGAGGUCAAUCCUCCGCGCUCCCGGUGCGUUCCGGAAUCCGGCAAGGCUGCCCGCUUGCGCCUCUCCUCUUUUUACUCGUAGUAGAGGUAUUAGGGCUCGCCCUCAAGCAAGACCCGUCACUCAAAGGAUUGCCAGUGCCUGGGACUGUCGACCGGACUCAUCUCUUUUCGGCGUUCGUCGAUGACUCAACGCUCUUUUUGGACACGGCAAAACAAAUCCUCCAUGCUCUCGGAAUUAUUCAAGCGUUUGGGAAUCUGUCAGGCCUUCAUGUGCAACCGGCAAAGAGCAAGCUUCUUUUUUUGAACCGGGCCAUCUCCAGAGCGAGCUUUGCCGGUAUAGACAUCGUGCCCUCCGGCGCCACUACCAGGUACCUUGGGUACGAGAUCGGGACCGGGCCUCUGGACAACAAAAAUUGGGCUCAUCGGAUCCGGACAAUUCAGCGCCGCCUCCUCACUGUGACGCGGGUGGCGACAAGCGUUGAGAACAGGGUACUCAUCCUGAACUCCAUUGUUCUCCCCUCCUUGCUAUUUACGGCGUCCGUCUUCUACGUCCCUCGAUGGGCGGAAAAAGAGGUGCAUAAUUCAUACAAGAACUUUCUAUGGGAGCACGCGACUGUGACCGACAAUAGCCGCCACAAGGUCAACCCAGGCCUGCUAGUGACGCCCAAACAGGCUGGGGGAUUAACCUUAUCGAUGUCUCGGUAG